AAUGUAAAAUGUUGUUGGUCAAUUCUAUGGUGCAUUUUUGCUGGUUCUUGAGUUUGAGUUUGACCAGUGAGGUUCAGGGGUGGGCGCCCAUGUUUAACUAACUUUACCGUACAACAGAACUGGGAUGAGAUAUGAUCCCAACACCGAAGAUAAAGUGAUGAGUGAAGAAUGAUGAAGAUGAUGACCCGCUAUUCUCUCUGUGUUUCUCUCUUGAUCUUCAUCCCCACACUCACACACUCUGCGAAUCCAAGCGCCAACUAUUUGACCACUCAACAACUCUGGUUCUCUCAAACCCUCGAUCAUUACUCUCCCUAUUCGCAGGAUCGGAGCCAAUUCCAGCAAAGAUACUACGAGUUCCUUGACUUUUUCCGUAGUCCAGAUGGACCUAUUUUUAUGGUAAUUUGUGGUGAAUAUACAUGCAAGGGGAUCAAAAACGACUAUAUUGCUGUUUUGGCAAAGAAGUUUGGAGCAGCUGUGGUUUCCCUUGAGCAUCGCUAUUAUGGAAAGAGUUCUCCGUUUAAACAGCUCACAACACAAAAUUUGAGAUAUCUUUCAUCCAAGCAAGCACUCUUUGAUUUGGCUGUUUUUCGCCAGGGUUAUCAGGAAUCUUUAAAUGCAAAGCUUAAUAGAACAAAAGAAGAAAAUCCAUGGUUUGUUUUUGGUGUCUCAUAUCCUGGAGCACUGAGUGCAUGGUUUCGUCUUAAGUUUCCACAUUUAACAUGUGGAAGUCUUGCAAGCUCUGCAGUUGUUCUUGCUGUUUAUAACUUCACAGAGUUUGAUCAGCAGGUUGGUGAGUCGGCAGGUCCUGAAUGUAAAGCAGCAUUACAAGAAACCACUAAACUUGUCGAUCAAAAACUAGUAACUAAUGGAAAGGCAUUAAAGGCAUCUUUCGAUGCAACUGAUCUCAGAAUUGAUGGUGAUUUCCUGUACUUUUUGGCAGAUGCUGCUGCUACAGCGUUUCAAUAUGGAAAUCCAGAUAAAUUAUGCAAGCCUCUUGUUGAGGCAAAAAAGGCUGGGGAUGAUUUGGUGGAUGCUUAUGCCAAAUAUGUAAAAGAGUAUUACCUUGGAGACUAUGGUGCUAGCGUACAAUCUUACAACCAGAAUUACUUGAAAAACACUGCUGCUAGUGAAGACAGUUCUGAUAGACUGUGGUGGUUUCAAGUUUGCACCGAAGUAGCAUACUUUCAAGUGGCUCCCUCUAAUGAUAGUGUGCGCUCCUCAAAAGUUGAUACAAGGUACCAUUUGGACCUCUGCAAAAAUGUAUUUGGAGAAGGCAUCUUUCCUGAUGUUGAUUCAACUAAUAUAUACUAUGGAGGCACCAAAAUUGCUGGUUCAAAGAUAGUUUUUACAAAUGGUUCCCAGGAUCCUUGGCGCCGUGCAUCAAAACAAGCGUCAUCCCCUGACAUGCCUUCCUAUACAAUCACGUGUUCUAAUUGCGGCCAUGGAACUGACAUGCGUGGAUGUCCUCAAUCUCCGUUUAACAUUGAAGGUAAUGAGAAGAACUGCACCUCCCCUGAUGCAGUCCACAAAGUCCGGCAAAAGAUUGUGGAGCACAUAGACCUGUGGCUUUCUGAGUGCCAGGACACGAGCAGGAGCUGUAUAUAAUUAUUCUUAGCAUGCAAUAAGAUGAUGUAGGACAACAAAAAUUCUGUGAAGUAAUGAAUUGUGAAUCACCUUUGUGAAUUAUUUGUUA